AGGUUUCGAAGUUUCAUAAAGCAUCUUUAAAAAAAAUGACCAUCCGUAGUUUCGAGUACUAUCAGGAAAACAGAGACAGAGGAUUAAGACAAACCACCGGUCAGGUUUAUUAAAACACGAUUUCAAGAAAUCGACAGCCAUAUGGAGAACGUUUUCAUGUUCGUUGUGUUUUUGUUCUUAAACGGUGUUUUCUGUGAUCCAGUUAGUGAGUCAGUGUCAGUGAAGGAGGGCGAUUCUGUCACUCUCCACACCAGUCUUCUUGAAGUAGAGAAAGGGCAUGUGAUAGACUGGAGGUUUGGACCAAACAGCAUUCUCAUAGCUAGAGUCAAUAGCUUAGCUAAUACAACGACUGUAUAUACUGAUGUUAUUGGUGGGAGUUUCAAAAACAGAUUGCACAUAGACCAGCAGAUUGGAGAUCUUGUCAUCACAAACAUCAGAACUGAACAUUCUGGACUUUAUAAACUAAGCAUCCAUGGCAAAAACAAAGACAUGUUAUAUAAUUUGUGUCUGCUGAAAGGGAUGGGGUUGAGACUGUGCAAAUCAUGGAGGGAGAUUCUGUCACUCUACACACUGAUGCUGCUGAAAUACCGAAAAAUCAUCUAAUACAGUGGAUGUUUGGAAACACUGUAAUAUGUACUUUCAAUAAAACGUCCCAAGUUCUGCCCAUAAACGGACAUAAUGUCAAGGCAUUCUUAAAUAAAUUGGAGGUGGAUCGGGAAACUGGAUCUCUCAAAAUCAGGAGCCUUAGAAGAGAACAAUGUGGGAUUUAUGACCUACAGAUUAUCAGCAGCACUCAUACCAUACAGAAGAGAUUCAAUAUUACGAUUU